AUGAAUCUGAGCAACGGAAAGGGAUCCGUGUCAACGGUUACUACGAGCGCGGUUAUGAAAUCCGGAGACGCCGUCUCCGACCAGUUUCCGGCGGGUCUCCGGGUUCUGGUGGUCGACGAUGAUCCCACGUGCCUCAUGAUUCUCGAAAAGAUGCUCCUCACGUGCCUCUACGAAGUUACUAAAUGCAAUCGGGCAGAGACUGCGCUUUCACUUUUAAGGGAGAACAAAAAUGGGUUUGACAUUGUUAUAAGCGAUGUGCAUAUGCCUGACAUGGAUGGAUUUAAACUUUUGGAGCACAUUGGGUUGGAGAUGGACCUUCCUGUUAUCAUGAUGUCUGCGGAUGAUGGUAAAAGUGUUGUUAUGAAGGGUGUGACUCACGGUGCUUGUGAUUACUUGAUUAAGCCUGUUCGCAUUGAGGCUUUGAAGAACAUAUGGCAGCAUGUGGUUCGGAAGAAGAAGAAUGAGUGGAAAGAUGCAGAGCAAUCCGGCAGUGCCGAAGAAGGAGAUCGCCAACCUAAGGCAUCUGAUGAAGCGGAUUACUCUUCCUCGGCUAAUGAAGGCAGUUGGAGAAACUCAAAGAAGAGAAGGGACGAGGAGGAGGAGGCAGAGGAUAGAGAUGACACAUCCACGUUAAAGAAGCCGCGGGUUGUUUGGUCUGUGGAGCUUCAUCAACAGUUUGUGGCUGCCGUGGAUCAACUGGGAAUUGACAAGGCUGUUCCUAAAAAAAUUCUGGAAUUGAUGAAUGUUCCUGGGCUCACUAGAGAAAAUGUUGCCAGCCACCUGCAGAAAUACAGGUUGUAUCUUCGAAGACUGAGCGGAGUUUCUCAGCACCAGAAUAAUUUGAACAAUUCCUUUCUCGGCCCCCAAGAGGCAACAUUUGGGACAAUUUCUUCAAUCAAUGGGAUUGAUCUUCAAACUCUUGCAGUUGCUGGCCAGCUCCCUGCUCAAAGUCUAGCUACACUUCAAGCAGCAGGACUUGGUAGGUCUACUACAAAAGCUGGUGUACCAAUGCCUCUCAUGGAUCAAAGAAACCUUUUCAGUUUUGAAAACCCAAGGUUAAGAUUUGGAGAAGGCCAACAACAGCAUUUAAGCAGUAGUAAACCAAUGAACUUAUUGCAUGGAAUCCCUACCAACAUGGAGCCAAAACAGCUUGCCAAUUUGCACCAGUCUUCCCAAUCCAUUGGCAGCUUGAAUAUGCGAGUCAAUGCUUCUGCUACACAAGGCAAUCCCUUAUUGAUGCAGAUGGCACAAUCCCAACCUAGAGGUCAGAUGCUAAGUGAAAAUACUGGUCCUCGUGUUCCCAGACUUCCAUCAUCUUUGGGGCAACCUACUGUAUCAAAUGGAAUUUCUAAUGGCCUUCUGGGCAGAAAUGGAAUUGCUGGUAAUAACAGAGGACCUGCAUAUAAUCCUGUUCCACCCAGGUCUUCGAUGAUGAGUUUUCCAAUGAAUCAAAGCUCGGAUGCAUCUGUCAACAAUAGUUUCCCUCUUGGCAGCACUCCAGGUAUAUCCAGUAUCACAACAAAAGGCUCAUUUCAAGAGGAAGUUACUUCUGGAAUUAAAGGAUCUGGUGGAUUUCCAAGUUAUGAUAUUUUUAAUGAACUGCACCAUCAAAAGUCCCAUGAAUGGGAGAUAACAAACCCAGGCCUGACAUACAAUGCCUCCCAUCAUGCAAAUCCUUUACAUGGUAACAUUGAUGUCGCACCAUCAGUUUUAGUGCAUCAAGGCUUUUCUUCUACCCAGCAGACUGGCCAAGGCAGAGAUGCUACUUUAAUUGGAAAAGCUAUGUUCUCCGUGGGAGAAGGCUUGGAACAAGACAACCUCCAAAAUGCUGGUCAAAACCUCAAUCCGCUUCUUGUGGACAAUUCAAUAAGGAUUAAGGCUGAAAGAAUUCCUGAUGCAAGCUCCCAGACUAACCUCUUCCCUGACCAUUAUGGGCAGGAGGAUCUGAUGAGUGCACUUCUAAAGCAGCAAGAAGGCAUGGGACCAGCUGAGAGUGAGUUUGAAUUUGAUGCAUAUUCUCUAGACAACAUCCCUGUUUAG